UCUGUUUACGAUUGGCACGCUUUUGCCACAACAACAAGUGCAUUUCGCAGCACACACCACCACUUUUCACAGCCUCGGCUGGUUAUUUUGGUGUACUCGUACCUUCUUUUUGUUUACAAGACCGCAGAGGAAUCGAGUCACCAAGGCCAGGCCCCAGUGCCCCCUUUCAUUGUUCGUCCAUCGCGACGAAAUUUCUGUUCUUUCGCUUUCUGAAUGCGCCCUACGCUUUUGUUGUCCGCCCGCCGUCAAUUCUUUAUUCAGACCCCUGAUUUUCCGCGUCGUUUGUUGUGGAACACUGUUUCCAGCCCGUCGCCAUGGAUUCAGAGGUCGACUCGGUCUUUGGCGACUACCAAGAUGAUUCAGACGGCUACUCCCCAGAAGUGAAGCCCAAGGCUAAGGCAGCACCCAAGAAAACCGUAGCUACGAAAGCCGGCAAGAUGGUCCAGACAACACUCACAACUGGCAAGGCCGCCGCGAAAAAGCGGCCAAAACCCGAGAGCGACGGCGAAGAUGGAGUCGCACCCCCCAAGAAAAAGAAGGCGCCCGCAAAGAAGGCGGGUAGCAAACCUCUCGUCGAGAUUGAGAAUGACAGCAUGGUGAUCGACGACGACGAGCCGGACGCCAAACCCGCCGCCAAGCCCAAUAAGACGGCCACCGAGACGUACCAAAAACUCACCCAGCUCCAACACAUCAUCAAGCGUCCCGACACGUACAUUGGGUCUGUCGAGCGCAUGGAUCAAAAGCUGUGGGUGUACAACAAGGGAGAGAAGUUGAUGGAGAACCGCACUGUUGGCUUCGUUCCUGGUCUGUACAAGAUCUUUGACGAGAUCCUCGUCAACGCUGCAGACAACAGCCAACGAGACUCGUCCAUGACCUAUCUCAAGGUCACCGUUGACCGUGCGACUGGUGAAAUCUCUGUGGAGAACAACGGCAAGGGCAUCCCGAUUGAGAUGCACGAAAAGGAGAAGUGCUACAUCCCCGAGCUUAUUUUUGGACACCUUCUCACUGGUUCAAACUACGACGACGACGAGAAGAAGACGGUCGGUGGUCGUAACGGUUACGGUGCAAAGCUCACCAACAUCUUCAGUCAGAAGUUCUCCAUCGAGCUUCAAGACUCCAAGAACGGCAAGCGGUACAAGCAGACUUGGACGGAGAACAUGAGCAAGAUGGAAAAGGCCAAGAUCAGCUCGAACAAGUCCGGGGACUUUGUCAAGGUCUCUUUCCUGCCUGAUUACAAGCGGUUUGGCAUGGAGAACGGGAUUGACGACGACCUGGAGGGCCUGAUUUACCGUCGCGUUUACGAUAUGGCCGGUACUGUGUCCGGCAUCAAGGUUUGGCUGAACGGCGAGCAUCUCAAGAUCAACUUCAAGACGUACUGCGAGCUGUAUGCCAAGUCCAUCGCCAAUGAGCGGGGUGAUGCCGCUGUUGAUGGCGAGAAGCCGGUGGCAAAGGUCGAGUUCGACCAGCAGAGACACAACGGCCGCCUGUGGCAGAUCGGCUUUACCGUCUCAGAUGGUUCGUUCCAGCAGGUGUCGUUCGUCAACAGCAUCGCGACCACGUCCGGCGGCACUCAUGUCAACUAUAUCGCCGACCAGAUCUGCGAGGCGCUCGGCAAGGAGCUGACCAAGAAGAAGAAGGGCCACUCGCUCAAGCCCUCCCACUUUCGCAACCACAUCUUCAUCUUCAUCAACUGCCUGAUUGACAACCCAGCCUUCAAUUCCCAGACAAAGGAGCAGCUGACGACCAAGAUGAGCGCCUUUGGCAGCAAGUGCGUGCUCAGCGACCAGUUCCUCAAGAAAGUCAAGGCUUCCGAGGCCAUCGCGAAUAUCAUGGAGUUCGCCGACAGGAAGGCGGAUAAGAUGAUGGCCAAGAGUGACGGCAACAAGCGCUCUCGCAUCAGCAACGACAAACUCAUUGAUGCCAAUUGGGCCGGUACUAGGCGCGGCCACGAGUGCACUCUGAUCUUGACCGAAGGUGAUUCAGCCAGAGGUCUCGCCGUUGCCGGCCGUGCCGUCUUGGAUCCCGAUCGUAUCGGCGUCUUCCCGCUCCGCGGUAAAAUGCUCAACGUCCGCGAUGCCUCGCUGGAACAGAUCAUGAAGAACAAGGAAAUCGAGAACAUCAAGAAGUUCCUGGGCCUCAAGCACAAACAGGACUACAAGGACGCCAAGGGUCUCCGUUAUGGCCACCUGAUGAUCAUGGCCGAUCAGGAUUUGGACGGUAGCCACAUCAAGGGCUUGCUCAUCAACUUCCUGGAAGUCCAGUUCCCCUCCCUGCUGCGCAUCGAUGACUUCUUCCAGGAGUUCAUCACGCCGGUGGUCAAGGUCUGGCAGGGCUCCAAUCCGAAGAAGCCCCAAAACCUCAAGACGUUCUUCAACUUGCCCCAAUACGAGACUUGGAAGGAGUCGCACAAGUCAGACUUGCGGAGGUGGAAGUACAAGUAUUUGAAGGGGUUGGGUAGUUCCUCCAACGAGGAUGCCCAGAUUUACUUCAAGGAUUUGGACCGCCACUUGAAGAAAUUCGACAUCUUGCAGCCCGAGGAAUCGCGUUUGUUCGAGCUGGCUUUCUCUAAAAAGAAGGCUGAUGCUCGUAAAGAGUGGUUGGGCAACUUUGUUCCCGGAACUUUCCUCGACGCGACGGCGGCUAGGAAGAGCUACACCGACUUCGUCCACAAGGAGCUGAUUCUCUUCAGCAUGGCUGACAACAUGCGGUCCAUCCCCUCCAUGGUCGACGGCCUGAAGCCUGGUCAGCGAAAGGUCAUCUAUGGUGCCUUCAAGCGAAACCUGGUCAACGACCAAAAGGUUGCUGAACUUGCUGGUUACAUCUCGGAGGUGGCCGCUUACCAUCACGGUGAAGUGUCUCUGCAGCAGACGAUCGUCGGUCUAGCUCAAACCUAUGUCGGCUCCAACAAUGUCAACUGCCUGGAGCCCAGCGGCAACUUCGGUUCUCGUCUUUCUGGUGGCUCGGAUGCUGCUAGCGCCCGUUACAUUCACACGCGGCUAUCGCCCUUCGCCCGGCGCAUCUUCUCCAAACUUGACGAGCCCAACCUCGAGUAUCAAUGGGACGAUGGCAACAUGAUCGAGCCCAAGGUCUAUGUCCCGAUCCUCCCGAUGGUCCUGGUCAACGGUGCCGACGGUAUUGGUACGGGUUGGAGUACAUCUAUCCCCAACUAUCACCCGAUGGAGAUUGUCGACAACCUAAAACGGCGGAUGGGCCGGUUUGACUCUAAGGAUUCAGAAGAGGGGUCUUUCAAGCCGAUGACUCCCUGGUUCCGGGGCUGGAAGGGUGUACUUGAGUCGGACGGCCCUAACAGGUACAAGUUCAACGGCAUCAUCAAGCAGGAUGAACAAAACCCGAACGAGAUUCACGUCACUGAGCUGCCUAUCCGGAUGUGGACCGACGAUUUCAAGUCGAAACUAGAGGACAUCCUUCGCGCUGAGAAGACUCCCUCCUUCAUCAAGGACUACAGGGAAUUCAACGAUCAUCAGACUGUCCAUUUCAUCAUCGAUCUGGAGGAGAAGCACAUGAAGGCAGCGCUGGAUGAGGGCUUAUUGGAGAAGUUCAAGCUCACAAAGGGCAUGACUACCACUAACCUCGUCGCAUUCAACACCCGCGGUCAAAUUCACAAGUACGAAAAUCCGGAGGAGAUCAUGGAAGAGUUCUACCACUACCGUUUCAACAUGUACACGGAGCGGAAGAAGCACUGGCUUGGUGUCUACCAUGCCGACUACCGCAAGCUCAAGAACCAGUACCGCUUCAUCUUGGAGAUCAUUGAGAACAAGCUCAUCGUCAGCAAGAAAAAGAAGGAUGUGCUCGUCCAAGAGCUUCGCGACCGCAAGUACGAGGCUUUCCCACCAAAGGAUGACAAGAAGGGCAAAUCUACCGACGAGGAGCUCGGCAAGGACGAUGGCGAGGAGGAGGAGACUUCAAAUGGCGCACGGGACUACGACUACCUUCUCUCCAUGCCUAUUUGGUCGCUCACCAACGAGCGUCUCGACAAGCUCAAGAACCAGAUCGCAGCCAAGAAGGCCGAGCACGACGAGCUCGAUGCCCUGAGCGAGAAGGACCUGUGGAUACAGGACCUGGACGGCUUCGUCGAGGAGUGGCACACACAGCUGAAGCUGGAUGAGGAGAUCACAGCGGAUAUCCGUAGGAUGGGUCGUCGCACAUCACGAAAGAUCGGUGCUGGUGUUGGAAGGGGCCGUCGCCUGAAGGAUGAUGAUGAGUAUGCGCCUGAGAAGAAGACCAAGGCCAAGGCUCCCAAGGUCGAGAAGGUCGAAACCAAGACCCACCAGAGGUUCACCGAGAAGUUCCAGGCAGCAGCCAAACCCAAGCCCAAGAACGAGCUCUCCGACGACGACGAUUUUGCUCUUCUUGGAAAGAAAGCGGUGGUCAAGCAAGAGUCGGAACCACCUGCUUCGCUCCCAGAAGCCACAAGCGGGCGCAACAAGCGGACGGCUGCGACCAAGUCCAAGUAUGUCUUGAGCGACGACUCCGACGACGACUUCAUGGAGUUGGGAAAACCUGAUGUCAAGGACGAGUCCGAGGCGUCUGAACCGGAGGAGGUUGUCGAGAAGCCAGUUAAGCGGGCUGCUACAAAGGCUAAGCCGUUGUAUGUGGACUCGGACCUCGAGGAGUCCGGUUCCGACGAAGUCAUCGAGAAGCCGGCAAAGCGGGUGACGGCACCAGCGAAGGCCAAGCCGUCGGCCGUCGUCGAAGACCUCGACGGGUCUAGUUUGGAAGAAGUUGUUGAGAAGCAGCCAACCAAGCGGGCAGCCGCCAAGGCUAAGCCGUCCUACAUGGAUGAGGAGGAUGACUUUAAUGAAUCCGCAUCAGAGGAGGUUGUCGAAAAGCCAACCAAGCGGGCGGCAGCUAAGGCCAAGCCGUCCCCGGUGGAUCACGAGGAUGAAUUUGACGAGUCUGGUUCGGACGAGGUUGUCGAAAAGCCAACGAAGCGCGCAGCCGCCAGAGCUAAGCCGCCCCCGGUGGAUGAGGAGGAGGAUGAAUUCGACGAGCCGGAGUCGGAUGAAGUUGUCGAAAAGCCAACCAGGCGAGCAGCAGCCAAGGCGAAGCGGACCUACAUGGAUGAGGAGUUUGGCUCAGACAGCGACGACGAUGGCGAUGACAUGCUCGGCGAUGUCGGCGCCAUGGUCAAGGGCAUAGGAGCCCCAGCCACUAAGGGUGGUAGGCUGAGCCUGUUCGCCAUGUCCCGGCCGGAGGCGGGCGACGCACCCAUCCCCAAGCUGAAGGCCAAGCAGUCAAGAUCUAUCCUCGAUCUCGACGAACACGACGACACCAACUACGAGGCCCUCGCUAUGUCCUCUCCGCGGAAAUCGAGCAAGCCAGACGAGGUCGAUGACUUCCUGUCCGACGAUGAGCUCCCCGCGGCACCCAAGCCGGCCGCAAAGCCCACGGCCUCGAAAGCCAAGGCUCCUCUCAGCGUCGUCCCGGCCGCCGCCGCCAAAAAGCGCGGCCGCCCGGCCGGAUCCAAGAACAAAGCCAAGGCCGACGACGCACCGGCUCCGGCGGCCAAGACCACCAAGGCCAAAACCCUCACCUCCAAAGCCAAGACCGCCGCCCUCUCCCCCGCGGCCAAGGCUUACGCCGCCAAGAAGGCCAAGACCGCCUCCAGGAAGGUCCUCAGCGACGACGAGGACGAGAUCAUGGAGGACGCGCCGGCCAGCCCCCCUCCCGCAGCCAAACCCCUCGCUAGGAGACCCGGGCGCGCCGCUGCGGCCAAGGCCAAGGCAAAGCCGACUUACAUCGAUGACGACGACGACGACGACUUUGUCAGCGCCGACUCCGGCAGCGGUGGGCGGAAGGGGCGGAAGGAUGAGAGCGAUGCGUUUGACAUGGACGAGGAUAGCGAGUAAGAGCGGAGAGGGGGGCGCUGGAUCGGGCGGUCUGGUUGUUUAUGAGAUAUGACUUCUCUCUCUGUCUCUCUCUCUUUCCGGGUUCGCCUGCUUUCUUGGUAGAUGGAAGAUGAAAGACGGAUGCCUUGUCGUUCUCAUUCAUUCCUUUUUUGGCGUGUACCCUACUUGGUUGGGACAAGAUUGGCUGGCUGGGGCGUUGGUUGGUUGGGUGGUGGCCUCCUUUGGAGGAUGGCCAGGAACCCAAGGAAGGGGCGGGUAAUCUCACAUCUUUUUGUUUGUUUCACAUUUUUUUCUUUCCUUUGUUCUGUGCAUCCAUUUAUUCCUGCUUGAAUG